AUGUCGACCUCGGCCUCCUUCCGCGCUGCUGCCUUGUCGGUCUCGGUCACUACUCCAUCGCACACUACUGCGAUCCAUAGCACGACUUCGGCACAGAGCGCGCAUGCGCCUGACAUGCCGACCGUGUCCUUAAGCAGCCCUUUCGUGCUGACAACAAAGUCCGACUCUCUCAUGGCCCCGCUUCUCCUUGCUGCACAGCUGGCCAUUCUAAUGGCCGACGAAUCCGACUUCCGGCACAGAGUGAAAGGACGAGCCGGACCUCACUUCCGUGACCCGACGCAAGCUCGACAUUGCCUUAAACGACGCCUGUGGCAACCUCCCUGCUCAUUUCAGGAACAAGAAGCAUGCCAGCGUGAUGCCUUGCAGCGGGCAUUGGCCUCUCGCUGGGAUGAGAAUCGUCGAUGCAACCGGUUGCCGGAGGUUGGGAUCGUCGAGUACGCUACUAGAGAACCAGUGCAAUCGGUUGCCGGAGGUUAG